GUUGAACAGCGUCAUUCUGAGUUAGGUUAACCAGUGGGGUAUCAACAGUCCUCUCAUGCAUACAUAACAGCAUAGCGGCAUCUUUUUAGCUCUGGUGGACUUUGAUACACAAAGAUGUUGCUUUCUUCUUUACGAACAACUAUUUUUUGCGGUUGCAGAAGUGCUGGCAAGGAGUUUCAACGCAGCAGCCGGAGUCCCCAGCUACGACAAUGGCUUGUGAAAAGAAAUCAGAGCACCAUCACAGUGCAGACAGGAGCCGCCUCUACUCCAUCAGCAGCUGCUGUUCCCAGCGCAGCCACAAAUCGCGUCGUGGGCCGCUGGUUAAUCGGCUGCAGCGGUCUGGUGGUUGGAGCUGUGGUCUUGGGGGGUGUCACAAGGCUAACAGAGUCUGGGCUCUCCAUGGUUGACUGGCAUCUGGUCAGAGAGAUGAAGCCGCCUCAGACAGAAGCCCAGUGGGAGGCUGAGUUUUCUAAGUACCAGCAGUUUCCAGAGUUUAAAAUAUUGAACCAUGACAUGACUUUGCCAGAGUUUAAGUUUAUCUUCUACAUGGAGUGGGGUCAUCGCAUGUGGGGCAGACUGGUUGGACUGGCAUACAUCCUCCCCACCAUUUACUUCUGGAGAAAAGGAUACUUCACACGCUCCAUGAAAGGAAAAGUCUUGGGAAUGUGUGGAUUUGUCUUUUUCCAAGGCCUUCUGGGGUGGUACAUGGUAAAAAGUGGGCUGGAGGAGAAGCCUGAGUCACAUGACGUCCCUCGGGUCAGCCAGUAUCGUCUGAGUGCUCAUCUUGGUUCAGCAUUGUUGCUUUACACAGCCAGUCUCUGGACUGGGCUUACUCUGCUGCUCCCAGCUCACAAGUUGGCAGAAACCAAACAUCUCAUGCAGCUCAGGAGGUUUGCCAAGGGUACUGGUGGACUUGUCUUCCUUACUGCUCUUUCAGGUGCUUUUGUUGCUGGUUUGGAUGCUGGGCUGGUGUAUAACUCCUUCCCUAAGAUGGCAGAUAAAUGGAUUCCUGACGAUCUGCUGGCCUUUUCUCCAAUCCUCAAGAACUUCUUUGAAAAUCCCACCACUGUGCAAUUUGACCACAGAGUUCUGGCUAUCUCUUCCCUGGCAGCGAUUACAGGCCUGUAUCUGUUCUCAAGGAGGGUGAUGCUGCCCAGGAGGGCUAAGAUUGCCAUCGGCCUCCUAGCAACAAUGGCCUACACACAGGUGGCCCUUGGUAUCAGCACCCUCUUACUGUAUGUCCCCACGUCACUGGCAGCAACUCACCAGUCUGGCUCGGUGGCUCUUCUGUCACUUGCUAUUUGGGUUCUGGCUGAGCUUCGCAAAAUACCCAAGUAAAGUACUUAACAGUCAUUUCCAAACCCUGGAAGCCACACGGCUAACCUGUAGGAAUCAGCAGUGUCACUACAUCAGGAAACUGUGAAAAAUGGAGGAAUGUUCUGGGUUUAAUCUUGGAUUUGAAGUUAUAUGCUGUAUUUUUCUUGCAUAGUAAGCCUCAUGGGGGAUGGUAAGAUGUAUUUAUCAUGCUAUUGUGAAUGCAAGUAUGUUAUUUGAUUUUCGGUGAUAAAAAUUACAAGUACACAUCUUGGCUCUCAGGACCAUUUUUAAAAACUUGUCAUCAGCUGUAACUGCAUGGGAAUGAAGUUAUGGAAAAGCAAAAAAAAAAAAAUAUAUCCAGCUUUAAUGUAUCUACAGGUUUGCAAUCAGCUGGAUUCCUGUAGGUAUGUUUUGUUUGUACAGAAUUUUAACAAGAUUUUAGGAAUGGAAAUCUGGUAUCAGAUGUCUGCUCUUGCUUUGUAUCUGGACACGAACAGCUUCUAAAUGAAAAUGAAUUAUAAUCCAUCUCUUUUUGAGAUUGUUAUAAAUUAUUGUUAAAUAGUAAUUCGCUUUC